GCCACACCAAGACAGGACAAUUAGCAGCAAUCAAAAUAAUGGAUGUUACAGAGGAUGAAGAGGAGGAAAUUAAGCUUGAAAUAAAUGUUCUCAAAAAAUACUCUCAUCACAGAAACAUAGCAACAUAUUAUGGUGCUUUUAUUCAGAAAAGUCCACCUGGAAAAGAUGAUAAACUGUGGUUGGUGAUGGAAUACUGUGGAGCAGGUUCUGUUACAGAUCUUGUUAAAUCAACUAAAGGGCAGUCUCUCAAAGAAGAGUGGAUAGCUUAUAUCUGUAGGGAGAUUCUUCGGGGUUUAAGUCACCUUCAUGCAAACAAAAUUAUUCAUAGAGACAUAAAAGGUCAAAAUGUUCUUCUCACAGAUAAUGCAGAAGUAAAACUAGUUGAUUUUGGAGUGAGUGCCCAAUUGGAUAGAACAAUAGGGAGAAGAAACACUUUUAUUGGGACACCAUAUUGGAUGGCACCAGAGGUUAUAGCUUGUGAUGAAAACCCUGAUGCCACAUAUGACAACCGAAGCGACCUCUGGUCUUUAGGAAUCACUGCUCUUGAAAUGGCAGAAUCUCAGCCACCCUUGUGUGACAUGCAUCCAAUGCGAGCGUUAUUUUUAAUUCCACGUAAUCCACCUCCACGCUUGAAGUCCAAAAAGUGGUCAAAGAAAUUUCAAAGUUUUAUUGAGACAUUACUUGUGAAGGACUACCAACAGCGACCAUACACAGACCAACUCUUAAAGCAUCCCUUUAUCAGGGACCAACCAACAGAGAGACAAGUGCGUAUCCAGCUAAAGGACCACAUUGAUAGGUACCAAAAGCACAAGAAAGGAGAAUCUCAAGAUGUAUAUCGGUAUAGUGGUAGUGAAGGAGAGGAGGAAGACACACCACCCACAGGAGAGUCUAGUUCAGUUAAUCCUAUUCAGCGUGACUCAACCUUGAGAAGAAACUUUCAGCAGCUUCAGGAGGGGCACACACUACCUUCCAGUGAAAAACCAGGCUCUAGUAAUCUACCUUCUCUGGGGGGUCCACUCGAGAUACCAGGACCUCCUGGGAAGCCUCCAGUACCUCCUCAAAGGCUGAUUGUUGUACCAGAUCCACUACCACCAAGUAAACCUCUCCCACCUAUUCCAGUUGAAGAAGAAAAACGAGAAAAGGAGCGAAAACCAGCUACACCUCCUAGAAAUCACCAUCCAGCCCAGCCUCCAAGGCCUCCAGAAAGUUGGAACUCUGCUAUGUUCAAAGCCCCACUUCGAAGACCAGAUGAUCUUGAGAUAUUAGCAGCACAACUAAAUGAAUUAGCACUUGGUAGUAACAAUAGUGGAGGAUUGGGAAGAGCCAACGGAAGAGGGCCAGCCAUGCCUACUGUUAAUGAACAACCAGCCCGCAUCAAUGGAAGCACUCCUGAACAAGGCCCCACAACAAGUGUUACCUACUCUGAUUCUGAUGACGAUGAUGAUGAGGAUGGACAAGUUCAGAAUGAUGGGACACUUCUAGCAUCAGAUCCACCUAGACCUUUACCUCCAGAUGGCUACAACAAUGAUGCAUUAAAAACUUUUGUUGUCCCUGAAGAGUCCUCUUCAAGCCAGGCACCAAAUAGACCUUUGCCACCAACCCCUGAUGAUGAAGAAAGUCAUGAUGGGACACUAUUAAUUAGACGGAGUGAGAGAGAGAGGGAUCGAAUUGAGCGAGGAACUCCUUUCCUAGGUGAAGGAUUUGGUCGAGCCUACAUGCAAAGAAUGGAGUCAUCUCAGAGUUCUCCUGGGAACAUUGGGGGCCGAUCCAGUGGUGUGCUUCCAGACUUGCUUCCACAAAACAGUGUUUCUCAAGUUCAGCUAUUUGCUGGACAACAGAGGCAGUUUGAUCAAAGUUUUUCUGAAGAGUAUCAUCAAGCAGUAAGUAAAACCCCACCUCAGUUACAGCAUAAGCAACGUUCCUUUCUGACUUUUGGCUUUGGAGCUGGCAGUGGUGGACCAAAUCCAUCACCCAGAAGAGAGUCCCAUGUCAAUGUGAAUGUGACACCUACAUCUCACGAAACUUCAACUGAUACACCCGAGAUACGAAAAUACAAGAAAAGGUUCAACUCUGAAAUAUUAUGUGCUGCCUUAUGGGGUGUUAAUCUGUUGAUUGGAACUGAACAUGGUUUGAUGCUGUUGGAUAGAAGUGGCCAAGGAAAGGUUUACAAUCUUAUCACCAGGCGUAAGUUUCAGCAAAUGGAAGUGUCUGAAGGCCAAAACAUUUUGGUGACAGUGUCAGGAAGGAAGUCCCGUGUGAGAGUGUACUACCUUUCUUGGCUUAAAAACAAGAUUUUACGAAUGGAUGGGCAAUUAGAAAAGAGGAAUGGAUGGAUUAAUGUAGGGGAUCUGCAGGGAGCUGUACAUUUCAGGAUUGUGAAAUAUGAAAGGAUUAAAUUCCUUGUCAUAGCUCUUCAAGAAAGUAUAGAAAUAUAUGCUUGGGCUCCAAAACCUUACCACAAAUUUAUGGCCUUUAAGUCCUUCCCUGAAUUAGUACAUAAGCCUCUUCUGGUGGACAUGUCAAUUGAAGAAGGCAUUCGGUUGAAGGUGAUUUAUGGAUCAGCUGAAGGAUUCCAUGCAGUAGAUGUUGACUCGGCUUCUGUAUAUGACAUCUAUAUACCAGCCCAUAGCCAAGGUCCUAUCACACCACACACCAUUGUAACUCUGCCCAACUCCAAGGGAAUGCAACUGCUGCUGUGCUAUGAUAAUGAGGGUGUUUAUGUCAAUACUUAUGGAAGAGUUAGUAAAAAUAUAGUUCUUCAAUGGGGAGAGAUGCCAACAUCAGUUGCCUACAUUGGAACAGGGCAGGUGAUGGGCUGGGGAAACAAGGCUAUUGAGAUUCGGAAUGUAGAAACAGGACUUCUUGAUGGAGUAUUUAUGCAUAAAAAGUCCCAGAAGUUAAAGUUUUUGUGUGAAAGAAAUGAUAAGGUUUUCUUUUCUUCGGCCAAAGGAGGGUCAUCAUGCCAGAUUUAUUUCAUGACCCUGAACAAACCCGGAAUGGCCAACUGGUAAUACUGAGGCUGUGGUUGUCUUUAACAAGGUUGUUAGUUUCAUCAAAGUUAGUAUGCAUGCUUCAGACAGUACCAGAAAAGUACUGUCCUUGCCAUCAUUUUGUCCCCAGGAAAAUUUCUUUACCUGGCAAUUGUCUAGGCAACAUUAAUUUUUUUACCAGCUAGACUUAAGCUUAGUCAUUUAGCUUAUGUUCUCUUGUAAUUGCUCAAGAAGAUCUGUGCAAGAAUGAGCUGUGUGUGUAUGUGAAUGUAUGCAUAUGUAAAAUUGAUUGAUUACAUCCAAGCUAUGUAAAUAUUGCAGUCACUGUGUGCAGCUAGUGCUGAUAUUCUUUAAAAGUGGACUCUUCUAAUAUGUGUAUAUGCAUUGACUUUGAACCCGAGUUUUCAGUUUUUCUAGAUGUAACAUGACUGAAAACUGAGAAUUAUGUAGUCUGAUAAGAAACAGUUUCUUUAAGAUGACUACUAAACAUAUUGGCUGUGGCAUAUCAAUUGGAAUUCUUUUUAUUCAGAAUAUUUCUUAAAAAUUGAUAUUCAGAUUCUCAGAUUACAACAGAUCUGGAUGUUAGUAAUUUCUAGAGGCUUAUUGUUGCUUUUUAUUUUAACUGCUUUACCAAUUAAAUGUACCAGUAGUUAAUUUGGGCAGCAUGACUAACAUGAAUUUGAAAAACAUGUAGGUAAAACAUAAUGAAUUAGUUUAUUAGAUGUAUUCAGGUAAAUGUUUUGGAAUUAGUUCUUAGAAUAUUUUUGAAGAUCAACAUUUGUUAUUUAUUGAAAUGAAGCUUUAUUCUUUGCUGUAAAUAUGUUUUAGUUUAAAUAUUUAUAAGUAUUGAACAAAUCAGUUCUAUACUUUAAAUAACCUAAUCUGUUGUUAUUAUGGCAUUAACAUUGAAACUUUCUUUCUGAAUAUAAACCCUUUUUAAUACAGAAAAAACAUUUAUGUUAGUUUAUGAUCAGCAGGUUUUUCCUUAAUAAGAAGUUUAUUCUUUUAUAAUAGGUGAAUUUAUGUUGUUAAUUAAGUCAACUGUCACCUAAGCUUUUAAACUGAGAAUAAAAAAUAAAGAAAAAUGAGCUUACAGUUUCAUAAAAAAUGAAAAAGUCAUAUUUUGUUGGUCCAAAGUUGGCCUGAGAGUUUCGUUUACUACAAUCUUAUGCAUCUGUAACUGUAGAACCUCCUUAGCUCUACUUCUGAUAAUAAAGUUGUUAUCUUUAGCAGCAACAUUACAGCUUAUUAGCACAUGUUGAGAAAUAGAAAAUGUUUUACAGGUUUCUUUGAGGUGAUUUUCUUUUUUGUGCAAAAUAUUAGUUCCCAAAAAUUAACUUUUUUUGUUUUUGUUAUUUACAAGUUCAUUGUCCUCCUUGUUUCAAAGAAUACAUAUAAUUCAUCACCAGCUGGUUAUUAAUUCAUAUAAAGAAAAUACCCUGAUUAAAACCUAGAAGUGCUUCAACUAUUACAUAACAUUCAUGAUAAUAGAGGAAAGGAACAGCAUUUCUCAGAGUUAAAUCAACAAAAUUUUGCUUUUGUUCUUCUAAAAUUAUGUGAUUCAUUUAGACUUAAUUAUCCAAAUUGACAGAAGGCUAAGAAAUUAAAGUAGUCACUUAUCAUGUGAGUCAAGCAAUACAUUUUUACUAUACAAAUGAUAUUUAUAUUGUUAUAAAGACAUUCAACUUUUUAUUUAUACAAGGUGUCACUUUAUAAAUAGAUAAGUUUGAUAUGUUGUUAACCAUAUAAGCAUUAUUUUCGUGAUAUUCAAUCCAUGUUAUAAUUUUAAAAUAUUAUAAUAUUUUUCCUUUUUUUUUACAUGUUUUUGCAUGUGGUUUAGUAGUACAGUAAAAACAUUGCUAUUGAAAUAUAUCAUAAUAUUAAUGAUUUAGAUUCAUGAGUAUCUACUGUCAGAAAACAUGGGUUUUCUAGGUAGUUACACUUAAAACACCUGAUACAGCUUUUCAGGCAGUUAAAACACCUGGUAGAAGUUUUUAGACAUUUACAGUUGAAACACCUGGAUAAAAAAUCAAAUAACUUAAAAUUAUUAUUCUUAACUUUGUUUAAUGCAAACUGGAGUUUAUUGCAAGACAUUUUUAUGAACACAAAUAAAAUAAUGAUCUAUAUUUCUAGAAUGUAAAUUUAUUAGCUCAUUAUUUCGCUAUUACAGGAGCUGUCGAUUUCCUACCAGUUUACUAAUCCAGUUGAAUCUAAAUUGGAAGCUGUUAACAGUAAAUCAAACAUUGAUAGACAUGUGCAAAUAGUACAAAAAUCAGGCAUCUCCCUUAAAUUUAAUAACAAGUUCAGGAUACAAGAAAGAAACACAAUGUAUGAAAAAUAACUGUAAAGCCACUAAAUAUGGACUGCAUGGUCGAUGUCAUAGUAAGCAUGUUUUAUAUGAAGUAACUUGUGGCAGAUGCUCCUGCACAUAUAUAGGAGAAAAUUGACAACCCAUACAUGAUUGAAUAACUGAACAUGUACAUGACAUCCAGAACCUCAGUACAAACAAUGCUAUUGCAGAACAUUAUGGAAAAAAACAUGGCAUACCACAAACAGAUAACAUCUUAUCAGAUCAUAUCUAAAUGCCAUAGUUUUCUAGACUGAAAGAUUAAAGAAUCAAUUUUCAUCAAGAAAAAGAAACCUGAAAUGAACAAAUAUAAAGGUUGGCCUUUAGCAUAGAGACAUUAAUAGCAUUCUUAAAAUUUUGAUAUCUUGAACUUUGAUGAAGUCUCUAUACAAACUCAUAAAGGUUGAAAGAUAUUUUCAGACAUUGUUUUAUAUAUAUGUAUUGAUAUAAUAAUGUGAAGUAAUACUUACAUAUACAAAUAUGAAGAGAUAUUGUAUAUACAUAACAUAUCCUAUUCUAAAUCCAAUGAUUUUAAUAGUUGAUUUACACAUAUUAUUAAUUUAGCAUUGUUGGUUUGAUUUGUUUCAACAAUUUAAAUUCAAGAAUGUUUGAUAUUAUUUUAAUAUGAUCUGAACUUUCUAAACACGUAUCGAUGUUUGAUUUACAGUUAAUAGUGUUCCAAUUUAGAUUCAACUGGAUUAGUGAACUGGUAGGAAAUCGAUAGCUUCUAACAAAGCUGUAAUAGUAAAAUAAUGAACUACUAAAGUUACAUUCUGGAGAUAUAGGUCAUCAUUUUAUUUACAUUUAUACAAAUAACUUAGAGAUUAUAAAUAUAUUCACUGAAAAAAUGUGUAAUACAGAACAUGUGGAUAAAGUAUGAAGUUUGUGAACACGUUUUUAAACAGAUCUAGAACAUUUUGGAUGAAUCUUUAAAAAUUUAUGUUAUUUUUGUACCUUCUUGAGUCUUGAGCUGUUAUCAUAGGUCUCAUUUUCUAUCUACCAUUGAGUUCCUGUUCUUCUUGAGCCAUGAGCUGUUAUCAUAGGUCUCAUUUUCUAUCUACCAUUGAGUUCCUGUUCUUCUUGAGCCAUGAGCUGUUAUCCUCAGGCACAUUUUCUAUCUACCACUAGAUUCCUGUUCUAGUACUUCCAUAGGUCAUGAGCUGGUAUCAAUAAUGUUAUUCUUAAUCACACUUGCAUUAUGAAUCAAGGCAAAUAAUCCUUUUGAAAGCAAAAUUAAAAUAUAAAAGUAAGUUAUUCAUGCUGUGUAGCCAGCUCAAAGAAGUUUUAGUACUUUUUCUCACUCUCGUAUAUCAGUCAAAGCAGGCACAUCAUUUGAUAGCUAAAUUAAUAAAAGUAUAAUAUAUACUAAACAGUAAUAAUGCCAUAAUAAAUAACUUA